ACAGAGGAGCGAGUGCUGUGAAUGCUGUACAAGACGAAGAUGGCAAAACCGACCAUUACACAGCGCUGUGGCCUGUGUCGUGUCCACAAUCCACCGAAGCCCUUCGAUCGUCUUCGGCAGUCGUGUACGGUGGUUGUGUUCGCGCUUUGCUCUAGAAUGAGACACUUCAGCUUGUUGUUGAUUGCAGUGUUGGGUGUGAUCGGCUUCCUACCACAAAGUGGCAAUGGAGAAAAGAUACUGCUCGUUUCGGCCUUCCCCGGCAUGAGCCACUGGCUGAUGUUCGAGCACAUCAUACACGAGCUGCUGCGGCGGGGUCACGAACUGACGGCCAUCAGUAGCUAUCGGUUGCGAACGGACGGUGCCAACUAUACCGACCGCUACCACGAGGUACUGAUCGAGCCGAUAUACGACUUCGAAGCGAACGGGCUGCCGAUGGAAGUGUUUUACAAAUCGCAAUCGUUCGGUGAUCCGUUCUUCAAGAUGUCGAUACUGUGGAAGCUGGGGCUGGAAACGGCGGAGCAUGCGUUCGAGAGUGCGAAUGUGCGGAAGUUCCUGCAACGGGAGGGUCUCACGUUUGAUCUGCUAAUAGCGGAGCAGUUUGUGCAGGAAGCGUUUCUGAUGUUUGCGCACAAGUACCGGGUGCCGAUCGUCACUAUCAAUACGUUAGGGCAUGCGGACUAUAUCGAUCGUGCGUUCGGGUUACUAACGCCGUGGUCUUUCGUACCACACUUUAUGGUACAGUACGAUGAUCGGAUGACGAUGACCGAGAGAGCGUACAACGUGUUCCUGUCCGCGUGGGAUGCAUACAAUCGGAAGUUUUACUACCUUCCCGAGCAGCGGAAGCUGGCAGAGAAGUACUUUGGAGCGCAAAAUGCAACCUCCAGCCUGCCCAGCAUAGAAGAUCUCGAACGGAACGUGAGUGUGGUGCUUGUAAAUAAUCACAUCAUCUCAUCCCGUCCAAGACCACGGAUCAAUGGGAUGAUCGAUAUUGCUGGGGUUCACAUCAGGAAAGCAAAACCACUCCCACCAGUCUUGAAGAACUUCCUGGAUGCAGCACCCGGUGGCGUCAUCUACAUCAACUUCGGUACCUUCCUGCGAAGCUCGGGCAUGCCCCCGGAAACCCUAGCCGUCUUCCUGGCCCUGUUUCGUAGCCUCCCCCAGUACAGCUUCCUGUGGAAAUGGGAAGCCGACACAAUCCCCAACCUUCCGCCCAACGUUCUCCUCCAGCGCUGGAUCCCCCAGAACGACGUGCUGGCUCAUCCGCACGUGAAGCUCUUUGUAUCGCACGGUGGCAUCUUCGGCACGCAGGAAUCCAUUUACUGGGCCCGCCCAAUACUGUUCGUCCCGUUCUAUGGCGAUCAGCACAGCAAUGCGCUAAAGUUUGAACGUGCCGGCAUUGGCCUAACGCUCCAAAUAAUCAACGUUACGGUGGAGGACUUUCGGGCGAAGAUAGAGCGCAUCGUGCAGGAGCCUACGUUCCAGCAGAGUGUCAACCGGCUGUCGGCAAUCUUUCGCGAUAAUCCAACCGAUCCGCUUGAGGAGGCCGCGUUCUGGGUCGAGUAUGUCGUGCGCCAUCGGGGAGCCGCUCAUCUGAAGUCAGCCGCAGUACAGAUGCCCUGGUAUCGGUAUCUGCUGCUGGACAUCUUGUCAUUGACCUUGCUGGUAGUUUUCAGUGCGUGGUGGUUGAUUAGGAAGCUAGCGAAGAAGGGUUGGUCGGUGAUAAACCAUCGCAGGGUAGAGAAAGUCAAAGUCAAGUGAUGUUACAACGUUUGUAGAGAUAAGGAGCCGGCGCGCGCACAGACAGAUGCAUGUGGUUAGGGUCGGUUUGUUUAUCGGAUUUUGAGUUAGAGUAUGAGUCAGUUACAAAUAAAGGUUUCGGAUGCGGUGUGUGUGUAUGUUUAAAGAAAACACAAACACACAUAACUUCAUCUUUCAAGUGCGUUUAUCAAACAUAA